AUGGAGACACUUUCAUCUUUGACUGAUCGUCAGCAACAGAGGCUGCAAAACCUCAAGCUCGCAAAUUUAUUAAAUAACACUAGUCUAAAUACCCCACCGAUAUCUCCCGUAGAGGAUACGCGAUUAGAGAACUCACCCUUUACUCCCAAGACUGUCACUUUUACUUCACUCAGACCAAAUGAUGGCAUUGCUGAACAUACUCCAAUUACUCCGCCGACUUACCUUACAUAUCCGACAUCGCGCAGAAACCGUUUCACAUUAGCAGAAGCACCACAUGAAUUAUUAGUUCAACUGCCACAAACAUAUCUAAAUUUAGUCGCAACAUCAUCAGCCACGCCUGCAAAUACAAAUACAAACAUCAAAAAUCACAAGAUUUUACCGCGAAAUCACCGUCGAAAGAAUCCAUAUCCAAAGAGAUCACCGGAUAAAGCAUCAAUCGGAAUUCAAAUGAAUCCCGAUAUAUUCAGUAUUUUUCAAAAGGAUCCGAAAGGGCUUUUAGAGGAAAACCUCAGCGAACUACAAAGACUUAAACAAAAAUCUCCGAGUUACUCGAUUCUUCCAAUUCACAAACCCGAUUUAACGGACAAAAAAACGAGACGAGUGGCCGGUAGUUCGUUAGCAAGAGCAAUGGUAGAUCGUGGUGCAGAUCAGACGCCGAUUCAACAGCAGCGUCCAAAAGACAUGAAUAUUUCUAAAGUUCCGCUUCCUUCGCUUCAUUCAACUGAUGUUUACAAUACUUACCACGAGUUAAAUCGAAUGCAAUUGGACAAUUUGCCAUCGAGCAUUCAGCAAACUAUUACAUGGAAAGGAAAUCCGUUGAAAAUAGAGCAACUUCCGCAUUACAAUUUGUUACAUCAAGCAGAGGCACAAGUUGCUUCGACAUUACGGUUAACCCCGGUUCAAUAUCUAACUGUAAAACACGUGUUUAUUUCUACGGCUCGCCGUUACUAUUCACGUGGGUUACCGUUCUUAAAGAGCGAUGCUCAGAAAAUAAUGAAAAUGGACGUUAACAAGUCGUGCAAGAUGUGGGAUUUUUUCAAUAACGUUGGAUGGAUUUAA